AUGGAUUCCCAACGACGGAGGUAUCAGUGCUUCAACAUUGUUGACCUUGCCACAGGGUUUCAGCAGUUAGAGCUCCUCAGAGAAGUGACCAAGGAGACCCAUGGACCCCCAUCAGCAGAGAUGUGCCUGGAAGCAUUCCAAAGGUGGCUAGCGUGGGCCGGUCUGCCAAAGGUUAUGUGGAUGGACCGUGGCACGCUUAACCACGGUGCCUUCGUGAGCUAUUUGACAGAAAAGGGCGUUGACGUUCGGUUUGCAGCAACCGAAGCUCCCCACAUGUUGGGGAAGGUCGAACGUCGCGGUGGUCUAGCAAAGGCGGUGAUCAGGAAAACGGCGGCAGGCGUGCGUACCGUAGGCCCUGAGGCACUUCGAAGCGUCAUCCAGGAAUCCAUUGCGGUCAAAAAUUCGACCAUGAACGACGCCUGGAAUGACAUCGGCGCCAUGGAGGGGAGGUUCAAUGGUUCUGAUGCAUUUGACCUGAGGCAGAAAAGCCGCAUCGAAACCAAGAAGGCGAUGGUGAAGCUCGACACGAGCCGUAGGAUUCAGAAGGCGUUAACCAAGAACGCUUCACCCAUCAAGGAGCAGUACAGGAAGAGGAAACAGGAGGAGGUUGAUCCACCUGCGGAGGACGAGGCAAACCUAGCUCAGGGUGUUCUGUCGCUUGAGGACUCGGAAAGAGAUGCUUUUGUGGCCUUGAACGCAGGUGAUUUCCGUCCUUCCACCUGUUUGCGGUUGCUAAGGACUGCGCCCCUCGUUCGUAAAGGCCGGAGAGGGAUUGUUCAGGACAGCCUCACGUACAGCUUUGGAGCGUAUGCCCAUGGCAGUUUUACAGGCAUCGCUGGUCUAACGGAGCGGCGUCAGAUACUGGUUCAGUAUUUGAAUUCCUACUUGAGGUCAAGGGGAGCAAGUGGAGAGUGGUCAUCCAUUCAAGUUGGUAGGAAUUUGCUGACUCCCCCGCGUAAGGAUGUUCACAACCUGAAGGGCAGCACAAAUCAGCUUACUUCUGUAGGGAACCAUACAGGAGGGCCGCUAUGGUUCCAGCACCCCGAUGGAGACGUGUUAUAUGAUGGUGAACCCGGGUACGCGCUGGACUGCAAGGUUGCUUCCUUUGAUCCCGACCAGGUGCAUGCCACGCUACCUUUUCAAGGUGAGAGAUGGUCGAUAAGUGCAUACACGAGCAGAGGUGUGUUGGAUUUGGAUGUCCACAGUGCUGAUCGGUUGAAAGGCCUAGGCUUUGAAGCUGGUAGCUCAGGUGUGGUUCCCCAUCACGAUGCUAAUGCAGCGGAGUAUGAGGAAGUGGUAGCUUCCCAUGGGAAAGAACCUUCGGAUGCCCCAGCACACGACCCUCUAGUGGCCGAAAACGAAUGCCCCGCACGUGACCGUCUAGUGGCCAAGAUCAACGAACGGAUUUCCCUAGAUCAUUGGAAGAUCGGUGAAAACAUGUACUUCCGUGUUCACCUAGAUGGGGCAAACGAUGUGGUUCAGGAUGAGUGGGGAUUGGUUCAGGAAGCCAAUGAGGUGACCAAUCUGCCAUGGACCGGUUUUACUAUGUUCCGAGCUCGGAGUGCUAGCCCGGUUGACUUGUCUUCCCUGCCCAAGAUAAACCACGAAGAUCCUCAGUACCGUGCCUUUGUAGCCGACAGGUUCGGCGCUGAGGCCGAGUCGCAGGCAGGUAAGAAGCCCCGCAAGAUAAAUGUCAACAAGUGUGAGGAACACGUGAGAGAAGGCAUCCAAGGCUCCCGCAAGGAUGAAUGGGGUAAGUAUCAGCGCUGCAAUGCGGCGAUACCUAUUCGAGGUGAAAUGCUCAAACAGCUGCUCGAUGAAGGGUUGUAUUACCUCGUUGGCUCGGAUAACCUCCCCGCAAUCAUUCUUGUGACUCACGUUGACGACCUGCUCUGGUGUUCAACAGAAGAGGGGAAGGACACAAUGGAGCGUAUCCUAUCCAAGUUUGAUGUGGGCAAGAUUGAGCAUACGGAUUUCAGACUCUGUGGUCGAAGGUUCCGGCAAGGGGAUGACUUUAGUGUUCGCAUAGAUGCGGCAGACAACACUCGGCAGAUCAGGAAAAUCUCCCUUCCUGCUGGAAGGAAAAUCAGCGACAAAGCCACCGAGGCAGAGAUUACAAGCCUCCGGAGCGUCGUAGGAUCUCUGGCAUGGGUGGCGAGAUUCGCAAGGCCGGAUCUAUGUUAUCGGGUAAACUGUCUCCAGCGAUCCUGCUCGACCGCCGCCGUGGCGGACCUAAAGGAGGCGAACCGCGUGGUCGAUCUAGCGCAAGCAGAUCUGGAGAGAUCGUUGUAUUAUCCCGCAGGCGCCGUCGACUGGAGUGAUAUCUGUGUGGUGAGUUUCUCUUUUGCUCAGGAACCAGGAUUCCGGAACCAGCAAGGGAGGCUGCACUACCUGACCUCCACGGUGACAGGUUGA